AACACACACAACACACCACACAACUGGUGAUUGAUCGUCAUUUGCAUGGGGACGAGGAGAAGAGAGCAAGCACACAGGCUGAUCCAUAGCCAUGCCUUAUCCCAGCACUGGCACAAAGGUGUGGAGAGUGGCUGCAAGCAGAAAACAUGAAGAAACCCUGGAGCCCUGACUUACUGGCUUCUAAUCACUCGUACAAUUUGGCUUUUGCAUCCAUCCCAGAUGUCCCAGGCAGGGAUAGUGAGAAAGAAUUAGCAACUGAUAGCACUGAAGAAAAGAAGGAGAGAGAAAAGAAGCAGACCAAUUUCACUUUGUGCAAUGUUUGUAAUAUUCAGCUGAACUCUGCUGCUCAGGCACAAAUCCACUACAAUGGUAAAUCCCAUCAGAAGAGGUUGAAACAGCUCAGCAAUGGAAAUCUCAAAAGUGAUAAUGGUGGUACAUGCCAGAGUCCUGCUCUUCCAGCCCUAGUGCGUCCUCCUGCUCCACCUUUGCAGCCAUCGCUGGAUAUUAAACCAUUUCUCCCAUUUCCUCUGGACACUGCAGCAGCAGUCAAUCUCUUCCCCAACUUCAAUGCAAUGGACCCAAUUCAGAAAGCUGUAAUAAAUCAUACAUUUGGGGUCCCUCUUCCUCAUCGAAGAAAGCAAAUCAUAUCAUGCAACAUUUGCCAGCUGAGAUUUAAUUCUGAUAGCCAGGCUGCGGCCCACUACAAAGGCACUAAACAUGCCAAGAAGCUCAAAGCACUGGAAGCCAUGAAAAAUAAGCAGAAAUCUGUUACUACCAAGGACAGCGCAAAGACUACCUUCACUUCCAUCACUACCAAUACCAUCAAUACCAGCUCUGACAAACCAGAUGUUACCGCAGGGACACCAGCAAUAUCAACGACAACAACCGUGGAAAUCCGGAAGAGCAGUGUUAUGACAACAGAGAUCACCUCUAAAGUGGAGAAAAUCCCCACGACAGCCACUAGCAGCACGACAUGCCCUUCCGUUGAGACUGAGGAAGAAAAAGCAAAAAGACUGCUGUACUGUUCACUAUGCAAAGUCGCUGUCAACUCUGCCUCGCAACUGGAGGCGCACAACAGUGGGACUAAGCACAAAACUAUGCUGGAAGCUCGGAAUGGAAGUGGAACCAUAAAAGCCUUUCCCCGGGCAGGCGUAAAAGGCAAAGGACCUGUGAAUAAAGGAAACACAGGCCUUCAGAACAAAACAUUUCACUGUGAAAUAUGCGAUGUGCACGUAAACUCUGAGACACAACUGAAACAGCACAUAAGCAGUAGAAGGCACAAAGAUAGAGCUGCUGGGAAGCCGCCUAAACCUAAAUACAGCCCAUACAACAAACUCCAAAAGGGAACACAUCCUCUAGGGGUAAAACUAGUAUUUUCAAAGGAACCUUCAAAGCCGAUGGCUCCAAGAAUCUUACCAAAUCCACUAGCAGCUGCAGCAGCAGCUGCUGCUGUGGCUGUGAAUUCCCCCUUCAGUCUUCGAACAGCCCCAGCAGCCACCCUUUUCCAGACUUCAGCACUUCCUCCAGCACUCCUACGACCAGCUCCGGGGCCUAUACGGACCACCCAUACUCCUGUGCUGUUUGCUCCUUACUGAACUCCAAACAGGAAAUAAUUGUACUGCAAUAAUUUUUCAAAUCAAAACAAACAAAAAAGAAAACCAAGAACAUUGAACUAUGCAGUGUUUAUUUAUAGUUUAAAGCAUAUAUGAAGAGCCAGGACUUUUGAUAGAGAACUGAACAAAUUCUAAAUGGGGGAAUGGGCAGUAUUUUCUCCAGAUGAGAGCAUUCCUCUUAAGUAUUGAUCGUUUUAGAACUGAUCUCCAGCAUUGAUACAGUGAUAUAUAAAACUUAUGAAGCCUUUUGACUGUGCUUUUUGGCACAUAUUUCCCUGCAAUGUCUUUCCUGCUUUACGAAACAACUUACAAAUUUGUCUGAAGGGCAUUAACUGGUUCCAAUGUACAUAAAAUACUUUAUUCUGUAGAUUAAAGAAGAAGGAAAAGAAAAGAAACACUGUGAAUAGUAGUACCUUACCAAUCCUCCUGCCAAAUCAGCGGUUACUGGGUAUUUAUCUGAACAAAAGUAGAUACCAUAGAUGUCUUGUAAAACAGUAGUAUUGUGUCUCUAUCUAUGCCACUAGGUUUCUAACUGCGUUGCAAAAGUUAAAAUGAACAAAAUAUGUCACAAAAAAAAAAAAAAAAAAAAAAAAAACAACAAAAAACACACACACACACAAAAAGACAAUAAUGUGGAGUUGUUCCUGGUGAGAAAAAAAUUGUUUUCCUCACCUGCUGAAGAAUGGGCAUGAAGGUAAUUUAUGGUUGAGAUAAGAUAAAUGAUCAAGAAAAUUUAGUGGGAAAAAAAAAAAAAAUCAAAUGCUGUACACAGAAUAGGUCAAACUUCUAUUUAAAUGAGAUCAUAUGUGUACAGUUCCAAACUGUAAUACUUACAGUACUGUUCAAAGUUUAAGGCCAGUGGAUAGCAAAAAAUACAGUCUUGUUAUGAAACAGGCCUGACACUUCAGUGUUGAGCAGAGGGAAGACACAAGUGGGUUAUGCAUAGUCAUACCUAGCAAAUUAAUAUCAAGAGAGAGAUCCUGGCUUCAUUUAAGUCAGUAUAAAAUUCCUCCUGACUGCAGUGUAGCCAGAAUUUCAUCCUGAGAAUGGCACAUAUUCUUUUUAUAUCAUACCAGUGGGAGUGUCUGUAGAUACAGGUAAUAUUUUUUUUUUUUUUUGCAGUAGGCUUAGUUUUAGAAACAGAUUUAUUCUCUUGUUUUAUUUCCUACUGAUGUGAUAUAAAAUGUUUUAGUAUACCUAUAAAAUGUAAACAGCAACACAAGAUACAUAUUAUGAGAUAACUGCACAUUGUGGGUUUGGAACAAAUACAACCUUUAGGAGCUGAAGGGACCCUUGAAUUCUGUAGCUGACCAUUAUGUAUGGACAGCGUAAAGCCUUAUAUGUCUACUGUGAGGCUUAAAGGGGUUGACUGUGUCCCUUUAAAAUAAGAUUUAUCAGGGUUAUAUAUAGAUAUGUUGUAUAUAUGUUAGAGUAAGAAAAAUAACUUAUAAACAGAAAAUCUACUAUAUAAAAUAAUUAUAUAACCAUUGAGUUUCACAUGUGGGUCAUUAUGUGAUAAGUAACAAACAGCAGAGAAAAAAAAUAGUUGUCUUGAAUCUGACUCUUGCUGCCUGCUUUUUCCCAUAGAGAGCUGAAAAGUAUCUAUUAAUAUUACAGAGUGUGUUGCUGAAUCACUUGUGACCACUCUGAUGUUUAGCUAAGUGAAAUGCCUACCAUACAUUUAGAUGGAAUAAAAAUUAAAAACAUAAUUUAAGUUUAGAUUGGGAAAUGAUUUAAAAAAUUCUGUUAAAUGGUAGUAAUGUAAAAUAUUGACCACGCGGUUGCUAUAUAAUACUGCCUGUGGUUAAUAUGGACAGGUGGGAGAUAUAGAGGAUGGGAAUAUACAGCACUUUUGACUUGCAGUUCAUCAGUGAGCCUUCCACAUAUGUUGGUAUUUGCCAUUUUUUAAACCUCUCUGCAUAUAGAUUUUAUAAAUAUAUAUAUAUAAAGAGAGAAAGAGGUUCCAUGGAUGUCUGUGUCCAAAGAAUUCCAAAGAGAUGCAUUUAUUUAUCUAGAAUUAUUAAAAUAAUUUCUAUAUUAUGUAUACAUUUUUCAUCGAGUUUAUUUGCAAAUGUUUGUGCCUUGAAAUGAAGUAGGCUUUUGGUUAUAUUUAAUUCACUCCAAUGUAGCCAUGAAAUAGAUGUGAAAUAGAUGCGUUAGGGCUGGUUAUUAGCUGGAUUAUUUUGCCCAGUUUCCAAAAAAGAGAAGAGAAUGAGUAAAGUUUAGGCACCAAAAUAACUGGGGGCUGACAUCUAAAAGGGCUCCCUACUCUACAGCUCCCAGUAAAGAGGCAGACCAGCUUUCGAAACCUGUGCUAAUCACUCAGAAUUUAGAAAAUCUUUCCACUUAUAUGGGUACGUAAACACUGUGUUGUCAGCUGAAACUUCUCUUUAAAAACUCUUAGGCUUCGUCUUUAAAACUAGUUUCAAACUUCUUUUUUUUUUUUUUUUUUCAGAAGAUGUAGUGCCAUUGCCAGUUGUGUGCAGAUUCUUCCUCAAGUAGGGCACUGGUUUUCCAAAUGUGCUCCUUCAGCCACCGUGUAUCUGCAGAGCUUUCUGUAACAGCCUAUGUAAUAAAACAUUUGCAGAACAAGCAGAGGAGGGCUGGGGUGGGAGAGGCCUGAGCAGAAAAUCUUUUCCCCAGGAAAUGCAGACAGGAGAAAGGGAGACCUACUAAUAUCCUAUAGGCUUUUACGUACAGCCUUAUGGUACGUGGGCACCUGCUGUAUAUCCUGCCCUGUUGUCAUGAUGCCACCAAAAUCAACAGGCUGAUCCUUUCAUAAUGUGGCCUGUGGCAUGUAUGGAGGCACAGUACUAAAUGCAGAAUUAAUAAAAGUUUUGGUAGAAAUAAAAAGAGUGUCAUUCCAACUACUUAGAUGAGCUAAUUCGCAAUGACACCUUAAGUUUUCUUGGACCUCUUUUGUCACAGUGCUCUAUGGAACAAGUUUUUGUUCACAGAAGUCUCUUUUAAAUUUCAGCUGUAAACAGACUCAGUUCUUUUUAUGUCUCUUACUCACUACCUAAUAAAAGAUAAAGACUAAAUGUUAGAAUGUAUAGUGGAUUUUCUGUGCCUUGCUGUUCCACCCCCUUUUGGUCAGUACAAAAUCAAUGACCCUGGAAUGUUAGCACAAAGAUAUUAUACUAAAUAUAUGUCAGAGAAAACACUGGCACAGCAAUGUGAUUGGGCAAGGGUAUAUCCACAGUAGCUGAAAAAGGAGCUAGCAAAUAGAAGACACUUUACACUUACCUAUCAAUACAUUCACUGUGGAAAGCACUAUAAAAACAAAAUGUGUCACUAUAUUUCAUAGUACAGUAACACUCCAGGGCUGGGAAGAAACCUAAAGCACAAGGAAACAGAUAAUUUCACUGAAAAUACAGUCACUCACUGGAAUAACAGUGUGAAAUCAGCUUGCAGGGAAAUGGUUGGGUAUGAACUCAGAAAAACAAAUAGGUUCAGGGAUAUUUUCUUAAAUUCUAUAUUAAAUGUUAAAGAAUGACUAUUCUAUUCUGACCCAGAGAGAUGGUAUUUUUGUGGGAGGGAUAUAUAUUUAUAUUUUUACACUAUCUGCAUUUUUCCAACUAUCUCUGGCUUUAAACCUUUGUUCUGAAGGUUCAUCAUUGCUCUGAAACAUGAAAUCAGUUACCUUCUUGAAAGCUGCUGUAAAAGGUGAUGUGAGAGGUUGGUAAGCAAAUGGUAUGAAUAUGGUGAUCUGAAAUGAACUGGAAGAAAAAAAAAGAAAUGGCCAUGUCAAGGAAUAUUGUAUUUGAAAAGUAUACAUCUUUAUUUUAAAAUAAAAAUAUAUGAAAUUAAAAAUAGCUAAAUAAAGUUAAUAUAACUAGAA